UAUACUUGCAAUCUACACAAUCAUCUUUAUUGCAUAUGUGUGUAAAAUAUUGUGCUUAAUUGGAAAAGUUUGGUUUUAUGGACGAUUACUUUAUCUAAAAAAAGAAUCUAUCCGAACGAACAAGCGAAAACGAUAAUUCAUCGUUGUUUUUUCCAUUGAUAGUUUAUGUUAUAUACUCAUCUAAAAUAAGUGGUUCUAUAAUUAUAAAUAUACGCUGGCUGCAGAAUUUCACAAAGGCAUUUCAGAAAAAAAUAAUGGCCACAUAUCAAUAUGUUGAAUAAAUAUCCAGAGGAGAAGCAUGACACGUUUGAAACGCUUCCAAAAAUAGCCAAUCAAGCUUCCUCCAAAAUUGAAAAAUUGUGAACGGUGAUCACCAUAACGGCGACAAAAACUGUAAUUGUGUUGAAGCUUCAGCAAACACAAAAUCCAACCAGCAAAACAAAUACUGAAUUGGCAACAGCAAAAAAGCAAUAUAGGAUUUUCGUUUAAUAUAAUCAAUUGGUUGCUAAAUUAUCAAAGGCCACACUGAAACAAAAGAAGAAAACAUAAUACAAUCGGGAAAGGGAGAGACAGAGUAAAAUUCUUUUUUUUUUACUAAAGAAUGUACAGAGGUACUCAAUCAGAAAUACAUAAAACUGCGCGGAGAACGUCUACAUCAACCAAUGGUUAAAUGAAAACGACUAUAUCCACGACUCUUCCGAUGUUAAAUUCAUUCAAAACCAAACUAACCAUAACGUAAACACACACAGUGAAUAGUAUCAUAUAAAGAAACUACAAUGAUUAUGGAAAAAACGAUGUCAACACAAAAAAUUGCAUAUACAGAAGAAUAAAAACGACUGCCGAAAUCGAAAAAACAAGCCAAGUGAAUUUAUUUUGAACCACAGUAGGCACAUGAACACACGGCCACUUGCACUCUUGGGUAGCUGUCAAAACCAAAGUUGCCAUAUAUACAUAGUGUGUGUGUGUGUGUGAGUGUGUGUUUGUACAUGUAUAUGCGUAAUGUAAAUAAAGUGAUAAUAAAAACGCGAUUACACAAACCGAAAACGGCAACAAAACAAAAUACGAACGAACAGAAAAAUUCCAUCGUCCUAUCGAUUUAAUUUCAGUUUUUGCUUUUGGCUGACUGUGAAAUUUCGUUUAAUCAGCAAAUAUGAAAUGAUGCAAAAUAUUAAAAUGUAAAUGGUUUCAAAAACAGUUUGGAAAAAAGCCCACAUAUACGUACAAAAAAUGAGAACAGUUGAAAAACUCUGAACCACCACAAUGUGUAUAAAAAAAAAGUGAAUAAAAAACAGGAAAAUGCAAAAAGGAAGAAAGCCAAAUGAAGAACAUGCAUGGAAAUUGAAAUAAAACAAUAAAUAAGCGAAAUGAAUAACAAGCUAUGGCAUAUUGUAUUUAUUGCUUGAAAACGGCUUAAAAGUGAUUGAAGAGUGAAAGAGGGAAUUUACACACAUCAAAAUAUAUUUAUUGUUUUUAGUUUCUUUGCAUUUUCCGGACUAUAAAAUUCCACUGCGAAUGAAUAGUUUGUCUUUUGUUUUCUUAUUACUAAUGAUAAACAAUUUUACUAAGAAGAUAGAAAAAACCAAAAUAAAUCUCAUCAAGACUGAAUUUAAUUGCAUGAGACAAAUGCAGCGAAAUGAUUACUUCGAAUGAAUUUGAUCGAAUUCAAUAUUGAAUUUUCUUUCAACAUUAUCAAGUGAUAUGGUGUAUCAAUCAACCGGGGUGUGCAUUUCCUAUUGCCGCUGAAUUCGGAUUUGUGAAAGAAUCAAAACAGUGAACAAUAAUAUAUUCAUCAUAUUUAUACGUAUGAACGCAUCUAAAAGAAAAAUAUAUACAAGCAAGCAAUUUCCCAAAGGAAAAAACAUAGAUACGAAUAAGAAUAACAGUGAGAGCAAAAGUGCAAGAUAAAAGCUCGAAUAUAAAAUAAUUACUUUUCAAAUAAUGACAAACUAACAAGUGAGCAAUUCCUGCUUAUAUUGUGGAAACUAUUAAAGGAAAAAAUCGCAAAUAUGUUUGAAGUGCGCAUACUUUUACUGUGUUUGCCCUCCAUCCUACUGGCAUCAACAGUAAACGAGACCAAGUCGAUUUUAACCGACGGAGAUUGGAAAAAGCUUUGGAUGGAGGCGGGAAAUUCCAACGCAAAUUUAAAAAAAGACAACUCAAUUGAUUCCAGCGACAGUCCAAUAUUUGAUGACACUGAGAUGAUGGCUCAUAACACGACCGUCCAACUAGGGGGAAACGCUUUUUUGAUGUGUAAAGUUGCUGGCGUCGAUAGAGUGGGAGUGGGGAAUCAAAUUUCGUGGAUUCGACGAAGAGACUGGCACAUAUUAUCAUCGGGAGCACAGAUGUACACAAACGACGAAAGAUUUGCCAUAUUGCAUACACCUGGUUCAAACACGUGGACAUUGCAAAUAAAAUUUGUUCAACGUCGGGAUCACGGCAUGUAUGAGUGUCAAGUAUCAACAUCGACAGGUGUUAUAUCGCAUUUUGUUAAUCUGCAAGUUGUUGUCCCUGAAGCAUUUAUCUUGGGCUCUGGUGAAUUGCAUGUUGAUAUGGGAUCAACUAUUAAUUUAGUUUGCAUAAUUGAAAAGAGCCCAACGCCACCGCAAUAUGUUUAUUGGAAUCUGAAUGACCGUAUGAUUAAUUACGAUGAUACACGCAGAGACAUAACUAUAGACACAAUACCGGGCCUUAGAACACAAAGCCGCUUAAUUAUACGUGAGCCACAAAUAUCAGAUUCCGGUAAUUAUAGUUGUUCCGCACCAAACACUGAACCCGCUAGCAUAUAUGUAUUUGUCUCAAAAGGCGACAACAUGGCCGCAAUUUCUCGCCGUAAACCAAUCCCGGGAACAAGUUCUGCUGCUCAACUUAAAUAUUUCAUCCAGAAUUUAUUCUUUUCAAGUGCUCUGCUCAAUAUACUGAUAUUCAGAUUUUGGUAAUGCACUUGAAUAAAAUCAUGCGAUUUUCCGUGUUACGUGAACCAACAUUCAACCAAGAUUCAACUAAGAUAUUAAAAAAACUAGUAUCAAAUUUUAGGUAAAAAUUUAGUUUCUAAGUUCAAAUGAAGACACUUAAAUGUAAAAAUGAUGAAUAAGAACGAUUGCAUCGUUUACAAAAAUUGUAAGAAGAAGAUGGGCAAAAAUAAAAUGACAAAAUUAAGCAGAUUGGAU